AUGAAGAGAACAGGUAUAAGUGCUGUGGCUAGGAAUGCAAAAGGAAAACUGAUGAAAGCAUGGGCAAGAGCUGAACUAAAAGUUAGCGAGCCACAAGUGGAGGAAGCAGCAGCAAUUCGGAUGGGAAUGCAAAUGGCUUGCGAUGCAAACUGGAAGGAAGUAGAAUUCCAGGCUGACUGCAAGGAGGUAGUGGACAUGAUCAACAAGGAAAAGGACCAGCAUACCAGGAUAGCUACUGUCCUUGAAGACAUUGCAAAUAUGAGAUGUUUGUUUGAACAAUGUACUUUUUCUUUUGUUCAUAGAGCUGGAAACAGCUGUGCACAUAGCUUAGCAAAAUUUGCGGUAAAGCUAACUAAAAAUGUUGAAUGGGAAGAGUGUUUUCCCAUGUGGCUCCAUGAGAGUGCACAAAAGGAUUACAAAGGGAGAAAUUCUGAUGUAUCCAAUCUUGUAAUAUCAAGUUCAUGA